UGGGCGAGUGAUUUACUGGAGACAAGUCAGAUCCGUGUACAAGUGGACGCUACAGGUAUACCGACCGGUACAUCCCCAGCCCAUCAAGCUUGACAUUGCGACUAGGCCCGCGUAAUCGCCAUUUUCAGAGCGCUUGAGUUUUCGCGUUUUGUUUUGCGGGUUUCCGAAGGAGAACGCUCCUAUUCGACAGUAUCUAUCCCCUAUCCUGCGCAGGCGGAUAGCCUGGACCGACCAAGCCUGUAACCUUUUUAUUUCUUUGUGCCACAUCCAGAAUGGAGGAUCUAAAUGCAACUUCAGGCGAGGUGGUUACCGAUACCCCAGCCGUCACCGCUCCCCAGGAUGGGCAAUCGGUAACUGAGGCUCCCGCCGCCACACUUUCUCCUAGCCACGUCUCAGGCUCGCCAUCCAAACCAAUUUCGCUUGCUAAAGCAGACCAAGACGUCCCGAUUUCAGAUAAUCCGUUGGAUGCGCCCGCAUCCCCAAAGCCCCAGAACGAAGAGCUAGAAAAGGAAGACGAGAAAAUGGGGGGAACGGAUACAGAUGCGAAAAAGGAAAACGGUGUGGGAGACGAAGCUGCUGAAAAUUCCGCAACACAGCAACCACCAGUCGAAAAUGUUGAUGGCCAACCCGCGCAGACGAAAGCUUCCUUGGAGGCUUCAGCGCGCUCGCACCUGGUAGCCCAAACACACGCUAUUAUCCUUCCAAGCUACACGAGCUGGUUUGAUAUGAACACGAUUCAUACUGUUGAGAAGAAAGCGCUUCCUGAAUUUUUCAAUAGCCGAAACCGCAGCAAAACUCCUGCCAUCUACAAAGAUUAUCGCGAUUUCAUGAUCAACACCUACCGCUUGAACCCUGUCGAGUAUCUUACUGUCACUGCCUGCCGACGAAACUUGGCAGGUGAUGUGUGUGCUAUUAUGCGUGUGCACUCAUUCCUUGAGCACUGGGGACUGAUCAACUACCAGGUGGAUCCCCAGACAAGGCCUUCCAAUAUUGGUCCUCCUAUGACAGGUCACUUCAGGGUCACAGCAGACACUCCUCGAGGUUUGCAACCGUUCCAGCCAGCUCCUAACGCAAUCGUCACGCCUGGUAAACCCCACCCAUCUACUGAACGAGCCGCAUCUGCUACGCCAAUUCCAAAAGGCGAUCUCAAUCUAGAGAUUCGUCGCAAUAUCUAUGACGAAAAGGGGAAAGGCAUUACACCAGCUGAGGACAAGGAGAAGCAGACAAAUGGCGAAGCCGCAGCCACAAACGGCACUGGCGGCGAUUCUUCAAUCAAGACAAUGGAAGCUGCAGCGAAGGAACCAAAGAAGAUCUUCCACUGCUAUUCUUGUGGUAUCGACUGCACACGGUUACGAUUCCAUUAUGCAAAAUCUGCUCCCGUGUCGACUAAUCCCAAUGCCCCCGAUACCAAGUAUGAUCUCUGCCCGAAUUGCUUCCUGCAAGGUAGGCUACCAUCAUCUCACCACGCUUCCGACUUCGUCAAAUUGGAGGAUAGUCCGUACACCACAAUCCCAGAUAGAGAUGCUCCGUGGAGUAACUCCGAACUCCUCCUCCUUCUGGAGGGUCUGGAGAAUUUCGACGACAACUGGCGACAGAUUGCUCGUCAUGUUGGCACACGCACAUCGGAAGAAUGUGUCAUGAAAUUCCUUCAGCUCGAAAUCGAAGAUAAAUAUUUAGAAGACACCCAGGAUAGCUCUCUGAUCCGCGCGAUGAGCGGAAGAGAGCCCAUUAGCCAACUUGACAACCCCGUUCUCUCCGUUGUAUCCUACUUGGCCGAAAUGGCCGAACCAGCGGUUGCAGCGGCCGCUGCCGGUCGAUCAGUCGAGGAAAUACGUCGCGAGCUCCAGAAACAACUCGACAGAGGCUUUGCAGGUACCUCACCUACGGACAAUAAAGAUAAGGAUAAGGAUAUGGACAAGGACGAAGCCAAGGAUAAGGACAAGGGCAAAGAAGGAGAGGCCAUGAAGUCUGAAGAUUCGAUGGAAAUCGACGUUGCAACCGAACCUGAAUCAUCAGCUGUUGUACGGAGUACGGGUGGGGACAAACAAUCCUCGCGUCCUUCUAUCGCAACGAUUGGUUUGGCUACUGCUGCUGCCCGCGCAGCCGCUUUUGCUUCCAACGAAGAAAGAGAAAUGACCCGCCUGGUAGCGGCGGCCGUUAACAUAACACUGCAGAAAUUCGACAUCAAGCUUGCCCAGUUCACCGAGCUCGAAAAGAUUGUUGAAGCCGAGCGGAGAGAUUUGGAGCAAGGCCGGCAACAACUUUUCCUUGACCGCAUGGCACUUAAAAAGAGAAUUAAGGAAGUUCAGGAUCUGCUUAAAUCUGCUAGCCUGGAGGGGCCUGAGGAAGGCGCUGCUAUGGCGGCUGAUGCGGGAACGGUGGGGAUUGGUGAACGUUAUGGGUUCCAGCAACCCGCUGCUGGACAAGCGGCGGUUCCUCCUCCACCCAGUGCGCAAGGUGGCGAGUACAAAACUUUUGAGAUUUAAAAAAAACAAAAGAAAUGAAUAAUUGCUUAUAUCGCUCUGGAAAUUUAAAGGAGGGGAUGGAGAAGAUAUAAGUUGUUGAGCGAAGGAUGAUUUGAUGUUCGAUGGGGGUGUUAAAGUCGAGUUAAUAAAAUUAGGGGGUUUAACCCUACUACUGCCCUGUGCCUGGGACGGGGCUCUUCUGUCUUUUUUUUCCUUUCUUUGCUACCAACGGCGCAAGUUCUAUGGAUAGGUCACCUUACUUUCUCUUUCUAUUUUCUUUUUUUUAAUUCUAGGGGCGGUUCUACAGCUGGGGGAGUUAUUUUCAUUUAGGUUCUGUUUUUACAUUCGCUCGUUUGUUCGUUCUCGACUCGAGCAUACCUGCCCCCCCAUAUCUGGACUGUCAGAGAGAGGGAGCCCAGGAAAGGAAGCCCUUAAUUAAUAUUCUUCCCACUACAUUCAGUUCAAAAGCCCCUGUUCACUUUUCGCGUCUCAGUGAGUUAACUUAUUUUCGGUUAAAAGGUUUGAGGUAAUUGGAAUUUUUUGCCCCUUCUCCUUUUCUCCAUUUCCUCACCCAACAUGUGUACGAUCCGAUCUAACAAUCGAAAUUUCAUUCGCGAAUUCUAGUUUUUUCCCUAUUAUUUUCGAUCUUAAUGGCGGAUCAGGGUUAUUUUCAAUCCCCCCCGGGGUCUCAACUUUCAUCACAGGGUUCCUUGUUAUUCCUUGUUGUGUCUGCCUUUUAAAAUGCAAUUGCUUUACUCUUGUACAGUAGUGGUAGAAAAUAAAUGUGACUGGCUGGUUUGAGUUCUCUUCUAUGUUUGCCAUUUAUCUCCUACAGAGUCGUUGAUUUGGGAUGAAUAGAUUUCUGGUUGAAUAACCACGGUUUUUCGUCCCCUUUCGAGUAGCAUUUUCAGGCUCAAUGAAUUAAGAGGCGCUGUGACAUAUUAGCUGUAAUGGUAAUGUGCUGUACACAUAUAUUCCGUGCUAUAUAUACAUAGAUUAUUGCCAUUAAUGGUGUACCCCUUUCCCGGUUAUAUAAUAUAGACUGCUCUAAACCAGUUAGAUCAGGCUAUGAUUACCCCG